AGAUUCUUGGAAAAUCUGGAUCCAUUUAAGGGCAUGUCUGAUACAGAUAUAUCAAACUUUUUGUAUCACGAAAGUCUUCGAAUUGAACCCAGAGGAUGCAAACAACCGCCUAAAUUUCCUAGAAAAUGGAGUUCUAUAUCACUUAAAUCCCCAGGCAUUAAACCCCGUCGACAAAAUGUUAAUAGUAAUGUUAGUUCUACUAGCAUGGGUUCUAAUAACGCCCAACCAAAUUCAACCAGUUGUAUCCAACCGGUUACAGCUCGAUCUCCUGCGGUAGAAAUUCCCGGAGGGGAACAACCUUCACCGAAUGUUAGUUGGUCUAACGCGGCUGCAAAUGACAUACAAGCAUUCUCUGUUUUUGCCAACGUAAAUAUACCGGAUCGUAACGGCACCAAGUGGACAUCGACUUCAGUUAAUAGCAAUUCCUCUUCGUCGUUCUUAACACAACCUUUACCAAUACGGAAUGAUUCUCGACAGUUGCCGGAGACCGAAGAUGCUCCAAUCUUACCAAAAAAACCUAAUUCAGGUUCUUGUUUACAAACAUCUAUUUGUCCUACAUUAAGCGAUACAUCUUCGUCGGUUCGUUUGGAUUCCGUUUUUAGCAUCUCGGAGGAAUAUAGCGGGCAGCCGGUGUCACAGUCAAGCUGUAAUAGAAAUGCGAAAAACCAGAUUGGUAUUGAAAAUGAAACACCUUCCCCUUUACCGAAACUAGUUGUUAGUCCUUUACGAGAACAUCAUUAUACAAAUAACAGAUCACCAUUCCACUGCACAACGUCCACAAAUAAAACCUCUAAUUUCACUUCCUGUAAUUUCAGUGCACAAUACAUAUUUAUGGUGAAUGAAGGACAUGUUGCAUAUACGCAUGUAUAUAUGUUUUCAAUUUGUUAGAGUUUUCGUCGUCAG